AAUAAUUUAUGCAUAGAGCAUGGACUAUCUCAGAUAUAUUAGCAGGUACAAGCUGAGGCCGUGUUCCAUGCGCGUAUAUACCUUCCUACAUAUCCCCUCCGUAAUUAUUUCUACUCCAUUCCACCCUCACCCCCAUCACGCUCUUAACCACCGUCUCUCUCUUCUCUCUCUCUCCCUUCCCUCCCCUCCCCUCCCCUCCCACGCCGUUCUCAACCACCGUCUCUCUCUCACACCUCCCACCAAGCUCUUAACCACCGUCUCUCUUUCUAUGAGCUACACACAAACUUCGGUGUUCUUGUUUUUGAUCUGACCGGGUUUGAAGCCGAAAAAAUACGACUUUGCAAGUGUAGAAUUGGGUCUAUCAAUCUGGCAAACUUUUGCUUCAUUAGGAAAUGUUUUGGUGAAGCUUCUGGUGAGAAGCUGCUGUAUAUAUCACUCUGGCCUACACUUUGUUGACAUCUUCUUUCUCCUUGAAAUGGGCUAAGGCGAGUGCAAGGGUAAAAGGCCUUGAAGCUUCAGUUUCAGAUUAUCUUUUGUCGUUAUACUUCUCCGAUUGGGUUCUGUCAUUACUUUGGUGGUUGCCCAUUGAUUACGGCUAAUUCUGGUUCUAUGUGAACUCUGGUUCUCAAGAUUUCACUCUGUAGUCAGCUUAAAAGUUCUGUUUUCUUUUGCUUCAUUUGAAUAGAGUUGUGGGUGGGGAUAAAGGGAUAAGUGGAGGAGGAAAAAGGAAAACAAGAAGUGCUGCUUUGGAUUUCUCAUAUUUGGAGGAUUUUAAGUGAAACUGUUAUUUACGAUGACAAACUUCAACUGUUUUUGUGCAUUUGUUGGGAUCAAGAAGAAGAAUAAGGAUGAUAAGGUGCCUUCAAAAGCUAUUCAGUUCAACAAGGGUCUCAAAACCUUGCAAGUGAGAAUUGAACGCCCGGUGAAAUCUUCUGAGACCCAUGAGUUGAAAUCAACUUCAUUCAGUGUCCCUGUACCUUUUGCUAUUCCAGGGAGUUCUAGGUACAAGGUCAAGGUAAUGAGCCAUGAAAGUCCUGUUGGAGGGGAAGUUGAAGAGGUGGCUUAUGAAGGGGGAGAUGAACAUGAUGAGAAGUUAUCAAUGAAGAGAGAAAAUUCUGAUUCCGAUCUUCAAUCCCAUGUUGGCAACUCAAAUGAGGAAAAUGAUCACUCACUUGAUAAAGAUAUGAUUUUUCAUAACUUGGUUGAUUCUGAGAUGAAGGAGCAAUUUGAGGAAAAUACAGAGAAAGAUGCUGAGGAGGGCCUUGACUUGCUAAAUACUGGCCAUAUUAGCGAUCCGGGUAUUGGGAAAGCUGAGUUUUGGGCUUCUCCAAAGCUUAAGCGCUCUUGCUCUGAUCUGGAAACAUGGGAUAUGUUCAAGAAGAUAGCCGAUCAGUUGCCUUUGCCAAAGUCUGAAUCUUUUGAAGAUAUGCAAAAAUUAGCUGAGAGGACCAGGAAGGAAGUUCUUCCGCCCUAUCUUGGAAGUCCUGUUUCUGUAAUGACCCAUUGCAGUGCUGACAGAGUGAUGUUGAAGAAGCAUUCCUCGAGUCAAAUACUACCCUCUAGAAGUAGACGACUAUGGUGGAAAUUGUUCCUCUGGAGCCACAGGAACCUGCACAGUUCAUGGACUGUAAAACCACAACCACUUCCAAUCAAACCUCCUCUCAACCAGCAAGGUGGGUACUCUUCAGACACUCUAGAACCAAGAAGAGGUAUCAAGCUGGGUAAGCUGGUAGACCCGGGUUCAUUUACUGGGGAAUCCUUUAAUAAAGGCAGCAGCAACAAUGAUCACCGUAAAUGGGGUGAUUUCCAUGGAGACUCUGGUUUGUGGCCGCAGAACCAGUGGGUUGCUUUCUCUGCAGAAUCGUCUACAUUGACUAGAGUGGAUGAGUGGGUCAAAGAGCUUUCAAACCAACCUCCACUCUAUGUUGAUGAUGAAGACCCCAUGGACGAUGGAAUUGCCUUCCCACCCUCUCCUGAUGCCGGCAAAUUGCCUGAAAGAAGCACAAGUCUUUCAUCCCGGUAUCCAACUAUGAAUGUUACAGAGGAAAUUCUACAGGCCAACAGUGCCAUCCAGUCUUUGAAUUCUUCAUCAACUGUGGCUCACAUCUCGGGUAUUGGGUUAAAAGUCAUCCCCACAAUUGCACGCUUCUCUAGUCUUCGCUCUAUCAACUUAUCAGGCAACUUAAUAGUUCAUAUAACUCCAGGGUCUCUGCCAAAGGGUCUUCACACUCUCAACUUGUCUAGAAACAAGAUUAGCGCAAUCGAAGGCCUCAGAGAACUAACUCGGUUGCGGGUGGUCGAUCUCAGUUACAACCGAAUCUCUAGAAUUGGGCAGGGGCUGUCAAACUGUACACUCAUCAAGGAACUCUAUCUUGCUGGAAACAAGAUCAGUGAUGUUGAGGGGCUUCAUAGGCUUAUGAAGCUGACAAUCGUGGACUUGAGCUUCAAUAAGAUAACCACAUCAAAAGCGCUAGGCCAACUUGUGGCAAACUACAACUCUCUGCAAGCUCUGAAUCUCUUGGGGAAUCCAAUCCAAAGCAACAUAAGUGAAGAUCAGUUGCGCAAGGCAGUUUGUAGUCUUCUCCCAAAACUAGCUUACCUGAACAAACAGCCCAUCAAUCCACAGAAAGCACGAGAGGUGGCCACAGAAGCCAUUACCAAAGCUGCACUUGGGAACGGCAGUCGGAGCAGCCGUAGAAAAGCCGUGAAGAGGGUGAGCCAAGGUGGAUCAUCUUCCUUAAGUGUGCAUAGGAGCAGUGGAAGUGUUGCACAAAGAAGCAGGCACAAGUCAAGAAGCCAAUCUCAAACUCAUCACCACUCUCCCCUGAAGAUCAAGUCUUAGAUGUGUUUUUUUCUUCCUCUGUUUUUACUUCUUGUAAACACAUUGUAUGGUUGCUGCAAGCUAGGGAUUUGUGGCUUCAGUGUUUCAAUUUUUUUUUUCCUAUUGGCAGGGUACAAUGCAGUGUUAUGAAUGCUUUUGUUGGUUCUGUUUUGGAAGUGGUCUUUAUUUGUUUUCACUUUCAUUUAAUUGUUUGUUUUCAAGCUAGGCUUGCUCAAUGUUACCUGGAUCAUGGGUCUCUUUGGUACAUAGUACGGAUAAUAGUAUGCGGUACAAUAUUUUCUUAUGUAUGCAGU